UAAGCGACCCAAACACACUCAGCUGAUUGACACCCAGCUGAUCACACACGUGGCCGCAGGUGUAAAGGUCAAGUUUGGGGUCAUAUUUCAUAGCUACGCGUGGCCUCGGUGCUCAGUUUUGUUACAUUUGACUAUAUAUUACCUCUGCCACACUCAAAUUACCAAAGAAAACACAGAAACGAGCCUGAAUACUAUACUUCAUCAAAGGCCCUGAGACACUCCACCCCCUCCAGAAGGAUCCACCCCAGGGCAUGGCAUCAAGGACUCUGCUGGACAAGGUGGUGGGCCUGAGGGAGUCACCGGCCCCACACCUCCUCCUCCUCACUGACACGACAGCGGUGAGCGGCCGUCCUCUACUGUACAGCCUGGUCCACGCACACCUCAGGGCUGGCACGCGCGUCCUCUACCUCACCACCUCCGAGUACCCCCAGGACCUGCGGCAGCAUAUCAAGGACGAAGGUACUGUUGGAAAGAUUGAGUUCUUCGACGGCGCGACAGAUCCAUGUGGGUGGGACAGCGGAGAGCCGGCGGAGUGUGUGACGCAGCCGCUGCCGGAGGUGAUGCGGAAGGGGCGGCGGGGGUGCAGGACGGGGGGCAAGGUGGCGGUGGUGGUGGACAGACUGGAGGGCCUUGCAAUGCACCAGGACACGACGACGCUGGUGAGGGGCCUCCACACCCUUGCUAAUGAGAAACCGCCUUCUCCCGCAGAGGGCGAGGUGGGGCAGGUGGUGGUGUACUGCGGGCGGGACGUGGUGUCGGAGGGGCUGCUGCAGGCCGUCACACACCUGGCCACCUGCGUCCUCCACCUGCAGCCCACACAGCCCUGCUCGUGCUCUGUCGUGCUCAAGAAACCCUCGGGGAAAGUUACGAAAGCUCACGAGGAGUUUUCCCUCACCCUAGACUUCAAGAUCCAUGGGGUGAAGGCCGCCCAGAAGACCGCCGGGCCAGCCAAGGUGCCGGCCGAGACCCCCUCCUCCGACCCCACCCCCGAGUCCCUCCUGGCGGCCUCAACCUUCAGCCUCUCCCUUACCGAGGACCAGCGAAGGGCCAAGAAUGAGCUCCUGUUGCCCCAUACGAGGGUUCAGGGUGAGGGCGGCCAGAUCCACUACACACCAGACCGCGAGGAUGACUGGGAUGAGGAUGACCCAGAUGAUGACCUUGAUAUUUAGCGACACGACACACACAAGUCAACCAGCACAAAGGGAGGAGGAGGAGGAGGAGACACUCGGCUCCCAGGCCCUCGUCGAUGCUGAUCUGCCUGUUGGCGCGAGUCUUGUUCGCCUCGCCACUGUCCACACUCCCCCGGCCUGAAUCAGGGAACUCGGGACACUCCAAGAUGCCAGUG